GGGUAGUGAGUAGAGCUGUGCGAUCGAAAGCACCACUUGUGCGUUAAAAUAAGCAGGCGAUUGACUUAGUUUAGCCUACAUUUUCUCACUCUUUGUAACACAUCUUAGAUCUUGUUGCUUUAAAAUGAGCGACAACGAGAAAGAUUUCAGGGAGCAGGUGAGUUUUUAUUCUAAGAAAAAAAAAAAAACGUUAAGAUGACGGUAAGCUAGCAAAAGCUAGUUAGCUGUAUGCAGCAAUCCUCUGUCUGAAUGGGUAUGCAUUAAAUAAAAAAAUGUCUUGAAAUAGUUUUGUGAAGUCUCCUAUGUACACAUCUAAAUUAUGUUUUUUGUCUAUAAUUUACAAGUGAUAUUCUAGCAGUAAUAAUUGCAAUCAUAAAUGCCGUUUAUUUGUCAGACGAUUUCGGUAAUGCUUGCUAAGAUAAACCAUGCGGCCUGCAGCGGUGAGGAAAUGUGGCCGCCGCCUGCUGGGGGUUAUUUUGCCGCUUUCUUGAUAAUUGAUGCUACCUAAUUAAAUCAUGACCAACCAUCUACAAAUCUUUACGAAAUGGCCAUUGUUAUUUAAUGUUGUACUUUCUCAAUGAUUAGCUUUUGCCAGUACGUGGUAAUUGAAGACAUUUUAAGGAUCAUAGCAAGCUAACUUGACAUGCAGCCAUUAAUUGUUUUCCUGGUUUGUUUGAUUUCUUUGUACUUCUUGGUUGAAACAGAAACCAACAUGCCUUAUCAUCCUUGUUUGUUUUUUGUCAAGGUUGAGGUUGGAAGAAAGAAAAAGGCGGAAGACGUGUCAGAUGUGAAGUUUUUAAUGUUUGAAGCUGAUGGUGUUGAUGCAUGCUAUUGUAUUGGAUGCUGAAAAGAAGCAAUCAAGAUGUGACCCCACUUCUAGUGUUGUAAUGGCAGAUGGUAAAAGGGGGAAGAGGAAGAGGAAAAAAGAAGUCAGAAUUUCAAACGGAAGAAAGAAGAAAUGAAGGGUUGUUAUGAAGUAAUGAAGUUAAAGAAGUUAUGAAGUUAAGAUCAGAAGUAUACAUGGGACUCUCAGGGUGGCUCAGGGAGUGCUUCUCCUCGGGGUUCAGCAAAGUCCACUAGCCACUCACCAGCACGCUCUAAAGAUGGCAUGCGCCGGUCCAGGUCCAGGUCUAGAUCUCGUUCUCGAUCCAGAUCAAAAUCCAGGUCUCGUUCCCAUCGAAGCUCACGCAGGCACUACUCCCGUUCUCGUUCUCGCUCCCGUCGCAGACGUUCCAGGAGCCGAUCUCGUAGCUCUGAUUACCGCAGGCGCAGAAGCCACAGCCGUUCUCCCAUGUCGAAUCGGCGCAGACACAUUGGCAACCGGGGCAACCCAGACCCCAGCACCUGCCUGGGUGUGUUUGGUCUGAGUCUGUACACCACUGAGAGGGACCUGAGGGAGGUGUUUUCUAAAUAUGGCCCACUGUCUGAUGUCAACAUAGUGUAUGACCAGCAGUCGCGGCGCUCAAGGGGUUUUGCCUUUGUCUAUUUUGAAAACAGCGAGGAUGCCAAGGAGGCCAAAGAACGAGCUAAUGGCAUGGAGCUGGAUGGACGUAGGAUCCGAGUGGAUUUUUCCAUUACCAAGCGAGCCCAUACUCCCACUCCUGGAAUCUACAUGGGACGACCUACAUAUGGAGGUGGCGGCGGCGGCGGCAGCGGCGGCUCAUCACGCCGUUCAAGGGACUAUGACAGGGGUUAUGAAAGGGGCUACGACAGAGGUUAUGACCGUGACUAUGAUCGCUACGAUGACCGCGAGUAUCGAUCAUAUAGACGCAGAUCUCCAUCUCCGUACUACAGCAGAGGUUACCGCUCCCGAUCUCGGUCCUACUCACCACGUCACUACUGAUCAGAUGACAAAGUCAACUGUGUUACUUUUUGGAUGCUUGUUUCUCUUUUUAUGUUUUGACAAGAUUAUAUAUGUGAAUAGGAAUUCUGAGUAUGUUCAUGUUCAAAAGUGUAGCAUUUUUCCACAAUGAUUCAUGGUAAAACUUCAGUCAGUGAUGGAUUACACGUCACCAAGUUUGUAGGACGAAUCAGAAGCGGUCGAAAAGAAGCUUUUGCCAAAAAUGUGCUAAGUCUGAAAGUCAAAGUGGAAAAGGCAGAUAUGUGCAGCAGAUGUGUGUCACUAUUCUCCUUGAUAAAAAUGUAUUCUUUUUGGAUAUUCUAGUAGCAAACAGACUAGAAUGAAAAAUGGAUCCUGUUUCCUUUUGAUAAUGAACAUAUGCUUUGUAAAGAAGAGCUGAGCAGACUUGAUUUUAUAUAAGCAAGAGUCAGUCAUUUUUAAUUUUUUUUUUUUCCUCCAUUGUUGUAAGUAGGUAGGUACCUUGAUCUGUCAUUGUCCUAGUUUACACUUGGAUCAGUUUUAAAUUCCUUUUGAACUUUUGUCCUUGGUGGGAGUAUAUUUUUGUUGUGGUUGUAUAUAAACAAUAAAAAUUGCUUGAGUCCU